CCCCUUUUUUAUGUGCCUCGUGGAUGAAUCCGGUCCCCAUCGACCCAAUGAUGCAUUACCGGCGGAACCGGUCCGCCCACUUAAGCGGAGAAAAAAGCGGACGCCCCUGCGUGACUCGAUUCUCCCUCUCGGUUUCGCCAUCAGUUCGCCUGCAUUGUGAAUUUCUCUCUCAAUCGUCUACCUUGCUACAUUGACUUCCGUGUGGACUGUGUGCAUACACUCACCUGAUUUCUAUAUUCACCAAGUUCACUACGUGCAAUCAGACCCCUGUCUUAAGAAUGAGCCCUCCCGUCGCCGUGGACAAUGACUCAAUCAACGUGGGCUCGGUUGCCGCAACCGGCCCAUUGACGGUCGAUGCCAUCCCUGCCCUGAGAGCCAAGAGCGCAAAGAUUCCCACCGGUGUUGCUCCUGCUACGAACAGUGACAUGUUCAAGAGUCCGCACUGCUUCACCAAGCCGCAAUCGAAACGCUGGGAUCAUAUCUUCUCCAUCGAAUCCAAGUCUCGGAAGAGUUCAACCUUGAAGGGUGCUGCGCGGUACCUGAAGAACCCCGGAUUGAUCUCUCUGGGUGGCGGCCUCCCCUCCCCGGAAUACUUUCCCAUUGAGCAGCUCUCCGUCAAGGUCCCCAACGCCCCUGAUUUCACCCCGGAGGCUAUUCAGAAUUCCGGUGCUCUUCUGACCGCGAAUAAGGGUGACGUGCGCACCGGAAAGAGUCUUUACGACUUGGAGGUUGCCCUUAACUAUGGCCAGGCUUCGGGAACUCCCCAGUUGCUUAGGUUCGUGACGGAACACACCGAACUCAUUCACAACCCUCCCUAUGCCGAUUGGCAAUGCUGCUUGACCGCAGGUAGCACGUAUGCGUGGGACACGAUCCUCCGCAUGCUUUGCAACCGCGGGGACUACAUCAUGAUGGAAGAGUACACUUUUGCGAGUGCCCAGGAGACUGCGCUUCCGCUUGGACUGAAGGUGGCGCCGAUCAGAAUGGAUGGGGAGGGUCUUUUGCCGGAGUCCCUUGAUGAGGUUCUGAGCAACUGGGAUGAAGCCGCCCGGGGUGGUCCCAAGCCUUACGUGCUGUACACCAUCCCCACUGGUCAGAACCCAACGGGUGCUACUCAGUCUGCGGAACGGCGUAAGGCUGUGUACAAGGUCGCCCAGAAGCACGACGUGUACAUUGUCGAGGAUGAGCCGUACUACUUCUUGCAGAUGCAGCCCUACGCUGGUGCUGACAGCGAGCCCGUCCCGCCCCCGGCGACCCACGAAGACUUCCUUAAGUCCCUUGUGCCAUCCUACCUGAGCCUCGACGUCGACGGACGUGUCCUUCGCAUCGAGUCAUUCUCCAAGGUCCUUUCUCCUGGAUCUCGUGCCGGCUGGAUUGUCGCUGCGGAUCAGGUUGUGGAACGAUUCAUCCGGAACUGCGAGACCUCGGCCCAGAACCCUAGCGGUAUCUCUCAGUUGAUCUUCUACAAGCUUCUUGAUGAGCACUGGGGUCACUCUGGAUACCUUGACUGGCUGAUCAACCUGCGCAUGCAGUACACUGGCCGCCGUGAUACGAUGAUGCAUGCUUGUGAACAGUACCUGCCUCGUGAAAUCGCUCAGUGGAUUCCUCCUGCAGCAGGCAUGUUUCACUGGAUCGAGGUUGAUUGGAAGAAGCACCCUGGCUUGGCUUCCGGCAAGACUCGUGAAUCCAUUGAAGAGGAAGUGUUCCUCGCUGCCAUCGACAACGGCGUCCUUGUCUCUCGUGGCAGCUGGUUCAAGGCGUCUGGAGUCAACGAGGAGAAGAUGUUCUUCCGCGCUACGUUCGCUGCCGCCAGCUCGGAAGGCAUUACUGAAGCUAUUCGGCGGUUCGGUGAUUCUCUGAGAGUCCAGUUCGGUCUGUAGAGAGCGGUUGACUUCUUCAAGAAGAUGUAAAUACGAAAGAAGUAGAUAACCCCAUCCUAAUUCUAGCGUGAAAUCGGUUAUAGAGUAAACAAAUUGGAAGUUUUUC